GGAGCCAAGCACGGGGCCAGCUGUGAACUAGCCAGCCUUCUCCUCGGGGAGGCUGUCAGGGUUUAGAAGGUUUGCUGUGGCCAGUGUCAGAAGCCUUCCCGGCUCCAUCACCAGCCCUUAACUUCCUCCUCGACCCACUGGAGACCACUUGGACACCUGAGUGGAGGCGACACAGCUGCGUUCAGAAAACCAUGCACCAUGCCAGAAGGAGCCCACGGCAGACCGUAAGCUCUGUUCAGCAUGUGGACGGGGCGCAGAAAUGAGCCGUCCGGACAAGCCAGGGCAACUCAUAAACUGGUUCCUUUCCUCCCUGUGCGUCCCGAGGGCGCGGAAACUCUGGAGCAGCCGGCGCCCCAGGACCCGGAGGAACCUCCUGCUGGGUACGGCCUGCGCCAUCUACCUGGGCUUCCUGGUGAGCCAGGUGGGGCGCGCCUCUGCCCCGCACGGAGGGCGCGCGCGCAAGGGGCCGCACUGGAGCCGGGCCACCGCCGAGGCCCCCUUCCCUGAGAUCCCCCUGGACGGCACGCUGGCCCCUCCCGAGUCCCAGGGAAACGGGACCGCGCUGCAGCCCAACGUCGUGUACAUCACCUUGCGCUCCAGGCGCAGCAAGCCCGCCAGCAUCCGGGGCACCGUGAAACCCAAGCGCAGGAAGAAGUAUGCGCUGGCUUCUCAGGCCCCGGGACCCGGGGCUUUGGUCGGACCGUCCCUUCGGCCCCAGGAAGCUGCAAGGGCAGCUGAUGCAGAAGUGCCCGGGCACGUCCGGGGAGGAAACCUGGCCAAGGCUGGGGAGCGACCCUGGGGCUGGAUGCAGGGUCUGGGAGCGCCAGGCGGGGGCGCGGAUGUGCAGCUGCCCCGGGCCGAGGGAAGCAACAUCCGGAUCUACAGCGAGAGCGCCCCGUCGUGGCUGAGCGGAGAAGACAUCGGCCGGAUGCGUCUGCUGGCCGACGGCGCGCUGGCGGGUCUCCAGCCGGCCGGGCCCAGGAGCAGAGCGCGCCUGCUGGUGCUGCAGGGCACCGGCCGGCCCGCGGGGCCCGCCUGCGGCCCCAGCCCCUGCGGGCUGCUCAAGCAGCCCCUGGACAUGAGCGAGGUGUUCGCCUUCCACCUGGACAGGAUCCUGGGACUCAACCGGACCCUGCCUUCCGUGAGCAGGAAAUCCGAGUUCAUCCAAGAUGGCCGCCCAUGUCCUUUCAUUCUCUGGGACUCAUCUUUAUCUCCAACGAGUAACGAGACCCACUCUUCUGUUAAGCUCACCUGGGGAACUUAUCAGCAGUUGCUGAAACAGAAGUGCUGGAAGAAUGGCCGCGUACCCAAACCUGAAUGGGGCUGUACUGAAAUACAUCACCACGAAUGGUCCAAGAUGGCUCUCUUUGAUUUUUUGUUACAGAUUUAUAAUCGCUUGGAUACCAAUUGCUGUGGGUUCCGACCUCGAAAGGAAGAUGCCUGUGUACGGAGUGGACAGAGGCUGAAGUGCGACGACCAGGAUGCCGUGGCUCUAGCCCACAUUGUCCAGCGAAAGCAGGACCCAAGGCACUUGGUCUUUAUAGACAACAAGGGUUUCUUUGACAGAAGCGAAGAUAACUUGAACUUCAAACUGUUAGAAGGCAUCAAAGAGUUUCCUGAAUCUGCAGUUUCUGUUUUGAAGAGCCAGCACUUACGGCAGAAACUCCUUCAGUCUCUGUUUCUUGAUAAAGUUUACUGGGAGAGUCAGGGAGGUAGACAAGGAAUUGAGAAGCUUAUCGAUGUAGUUGAACAGAGAGCCCAAAUCCUGCUCACCUACAUCAAUGCACAUGGGGCCCAAGUGUUACCGAUGAAUGAGUAGCAAAAGGUCUUGUGGCUAGAGUUCUACGUAUAUUUAUGCAUUUUUGUUUUGGAGUCAAGUACACAAACCUCAGGUCCUUUUAGGGAUGAGGCAGUAGUGAUGAAUACACAAAAUAAAUGAAUUUAGUCAAGUAUAUAUGCUGAGCCUGAGAGCUAUAAGCAGACUCUAAAAGCUUUUACCUUAUACUGCUAAAAAAGUUUACAUUUUCCUUUGACACCAUGACUUGGGAGUCGCCACACCUGAGCACAGAAGGGUUGCCAUUAUUUUCCCAGCUAGCCGUGUUAAAAUAUCUGUCAUGUCGGUUAACAGAACAGUGUGAAUCAGAGGUGGUGACUCCUUUAAUAACUUGCUGCUCUAAUGGGAAGGGUUCUGGGCGACCUUCUGUUGCUAAUUGUCU